AUGUCACAACUACGUUCGUCAACAUCUUCAAUACCUUCUGACCUUCGAGUUGAUUUGAGUGAAAUAGUGGAAGAUCUGCUAGCCUUUCACUAUGAUGAUAUCUGUUCUUCGUUGUCGGAUAACUCUGGUUUCCCUGGUCCUAAUAGUUCUACUAGCACACUGGCAACUAGUGGAUCAAAUACUGCUGAUCUGGUUCGUCGAAUUAAUCGCAUACGUUCGAAUAUACAACGCGCUCAAGAAGCAGCCCGCAAACUUAGUACCUGUGAUCUGGAUAUCCCUGCUCAAGAAAAACUACUGCUAGCUGUUGCGAAUUCUUGUGUUACCAAACGCCACUUAGCAUGUUUGUUAAAAACAGAGCUUGACAAGUUAUCUACUAAGGACUCUGACUGUUACUUUGAGUAG